AUGCAGCAGCACAUUUUACAAGAUGCAUUCCCAAACUAUGAGGGUGGAAGAAAAAUACAACUCCGAGAUAGUGAUGAUGGGAAGGAUAAAUUAAGAGAGGCUUUUUCAAGUGAAGGAAACAAGCCUGUAUUUUUGUAUAUUGAUAAUGCCCUGCACAAAAAAGAUUUGAAACAGCUUCUUCCCGAGGACUUGGGAUGCCUUCCCCAACAUAACAGAAUUCUUAUCACAUCCAGAACCAAGGACAUUGUUGAUAUGCUUGAGGAACGUGGUUUUCAUGAUCGUAUCAAAGAUUACCCUGUGGAAACUCUCUCUGACAAUGAUGCAAUGCAAGUUCUCUGCAAAGACCAUGCAAUUCGUGAUCGCAUCAAAGAUGAUCUACAAAAUAUUGUGAAUGUCUGUAAAGGGAUUCCUUUGGUUCUCACAGUCGUUGGUGCGAAAUUGCGGAAGCAGAAAUAUGAUGUGAGCCGCUGUAGUCGGAUAAUUGAAGAUUUGAAGGAAGGCAAGGAAAUCAGAGAUCUGAGUCACCGCUUGUUUCAUUUUGUAUAUGAAGAGUUGGACGAGGCAACCCAAGAAGCAUUUUUGGACAUCUGCUGCUGCUUCAAUGACAAAGAACGUCGAUUUGUGGAGUACAUUGUGGGUGCCGAGGAAGUCACAAUCCUUGAAGAGGCAGCAUUGAUCACACCAGUGAUGGUACAGUCAAAUCCGUGGUCUUGGGAGGAGGAGGAGGAGGAGGAGGAGAGGUUGACUGUUCACGAUAUUAUCAGGUCCAUUGGGCGUACAUUGGCAAAGUCUAGCAGGAUUGUGGAUGCAAACGCUUGGGCUGAAGCUGAAAAAGAUGAGGCCAGGCUCAAAAGAGUUAAAACGGUUUGCUUUUCUGGUGAUAAAAAUUACAUUCUCGAAGAAAGGCAUUUCAAUUCGAUGAAGGAAAGUUUAAGAAUUCUGGUAUGGGGAGGCAGUAUAAAUGUCAGUGUACCAUACGCAGUAACAUUACCAGAGAUAAGAUGGGCUAGGAUAAGCGGUGGUUUUUCUUGGCUGAAUGUAGAAGCACUUCAUAAAUUGGCUAGCUUGUGGUGUCGCAAUCUUCCCACUCAGCAGAGAAAGUUACCAAAAAGUUUAAGGAGGUUAUCAAUCUUUACACAGCCAGCUGCCACGCGGGACUUAUUAAAUAUAGUGCCAAAUUCCUCCCUCGAAGACCUAAAUCUAUCAUUUCCAGAUGAAGACCCUAGCCAGCCCUUUAACGAAGAGGAAGACAACACCACAGAUAUAUUUAAUAGAUUUCUUCGCCUUCAGGAUUUAAUCAACUUUAAGGUAUCUAGCAAUUAAGCGCUGCCAGUCUUUGUGCGAGCUUCCUGAGCGAGUGUGUAGGUUACCUCAUUUGAGAAAACUUUCUAUGCCGGGUUGUAAAAGAAUGAAGCGUCUGCCAGAAUUAUUUGGGCAACUCAAAACUUUAACCCAUUUGGGCAACUUACAAAUCUAACAUAUUUGAACUUGGCGUGUUGUGAAAGUCUGAAACAAUUGCCUGACACUUUUGGGCAACUAGAAGCUCUGCAGCACUUAGAUUUAAAAUUGUGUUUCAGCCUUGAGGAAUUGCCUCGUGGCAUUGAACAACUCACAUCUCUUAAAUACCUGGACUCGAGUUUUUGUCAUGUAUUGGAGUCGGGCACUUGUCAGAAGGACGGCAGCAUCAAAAUGGUAAAGAGAAAUUUGCAUUUUUGUUC